UAUAUAUUCUCGCUUUCGCCUUCAGAAGUUCCAACGCCGACGAAACAAAAUUUCCGGCUCUUCCCAAAUUCUUCCGUCUCUUUCCCCCCCGGUCUCGGGCUUCCUUUCUCAUACUAGUUUCUCGCCUGAAAUCCGUAUAUAUUUUCCGGCUCUGAACUCAAUUCAACUGAAUUCUGGCCUCCAAAUUUCAUUGCAACUUGCUUUGCUCGUCGUCCUCCCAUCGACGGUGGCGGCGGCGGGGUUCUGAAUUGGCGGGAAUUCGAACCGCAGACUGAUUCCGCGUCAACUAGAUUUCGAGCCGAGCUUCAGGGCGGCGUUCCUUUCUGGGUUUCUCAGGAGAGGCGAAGGUGGUGGCUUUCGGGGAGGUUUUGUCGUUUUUCUUCGCGGUCUGUCAAUGGCGAAUCCUUCCGGUACGCAUCUGCAACAUCAAGACGCUACGAAUGCAAACAGCAACGCUCCUUCUUCUGCGCUCGACGAAGCCAAUCCGGCCAACGGAAAUCCGGUGAACCCGACUACGGCUUCCAAGUUGAAGCACAACCCCGGGGUCUCCAACGACUGGGCGCCGGACGAGCAGUCAAUACUCGAGGAUGGCCUAGCUAAAUAUUCAUCAUCGUCGAACAUAAUCCGAUAUGCAAAGAUAGCUGUGGAGCUGAAAGCUAAGACAGUCCGAGAUGUUGCCCUGCGUUGCAGAUGGAUGACUAGGAAGGAAUCUGGCAAGAGAAGGAAAGAUGACAAUUUAGCACGAAAAGGCAAGGAUAAGAAGAUGCUCAUGAAUUGUUCAAAUCUUUUGUUUUUACAGGAAAAACUUACUGAUGCUCCAACAAAGCCAUCUUCUUCUCGCGCUAAUGCUCCUGCGUAUACAAAUACUGUGGUUCCUAUCGACAGUGACGAUGGCAUUUCUUUUAAAACUAUCGGUGGAGUCACGGGGGAGCUCCUUGAGCAAAAUGCUUUGGCGUUGAGUCAGAUUACUUCUAAUCUUUCAACAAUGCAGAUACAAGAAAAUGUCAACCUACUUUGCCGGACUCGUGACAACAUCCUCCAAAUUAUGAACAACUUGAAUGAUGCCCCGGAGGUGAUGAAGCAGAUGCCACCCCUUCCAGUAAAGAUGAACGAAGAGCUGGCCAACACCAUCCUUCCCCGCCCAAACAUCCCAUGAAAUAGAUACCCAAGGCGAGAUUCAGCAGCGGCGAAAUCUUCUCAGCACCCCAAAUCCAUACUUGAGCCUCUUUAGUAGUCACAGUUAAAAUCGUUUUUGUUAAUGGUGGUCAACACCUAGUCCUAGUUUGGUUGGUUGGUUUUCUUUUAAAAGCAGUCCUUGGUAGGAAGAAGAAGAAGUUUACUCAGAAUUUUACCUUUUCUUUUCUUGGGUUUGUAGGCAAUUAGGCUUACAGACAAUAAGCAAAAUAUGUGAUCUUGUUGUUAAUCUUGUCUCUUUACCCUCUCUUUACUUCUUGUCAUUGAAGGGCUAGUGCUUAGUAACUUAGCAUUUCUUCUUUGCUUAUUUCAAGUAGCCCUUGGAAAGAAGAGAAGAAAGGGUUGUUUUAUUCAAUUGUUUUUAUCUGGAUAAUGAAUUUAUUAUGAACCUUAUGC